AUGCAAUCAGCAUCAACCCUCAUCUGCCUGUGCCUCCUCCUCGCUGUCGCAUCGUAUCCUGUCUUUGCCGCUGCAGCGAUUGUGGAAAACGCGAGAGCAGAGGAAAAGAAAGAGGAGGAAGACGAGGGCGUUCUGAAGUUGGCGUCAGAGCUGUCCGAUGUGAGUGAGGCCAAAGAAAGUGACGAUGUGGUGCCAGACGUGUUUGAGAUGGAGCGACUUAGCGUACCCAACGAGGUUGAAGAGGACGCAGAUGUUCUCGUGCCAGCAAGGCCGCGACGUCGAUGGAGAAGAAUCAACUGUGGUCCUCCUUACGGAAGCCGACGACGAAGGCGCCACCCACGUCCAAUCUAUCAGCCUCGUUUACCCUAUUGA